AUGUUUAAAUCAUCAUUAAUUAAACAAAGAGGAAGAGGUAGUUUAAAAAGAGGCUUAAGUUCAAAAAAGAAACCAAAAGGAAAUUCUUCGAUUCCUAUUAUAACAAUUAUUGAGGCUGAAUUUAUAAUUAAUUUACUUGUACGAGAAAUUUGUUCAAGAGGUUGGUUGGUUGGUUUAAUCGAAGCCAACAUUUAUAUUUAUAAGAUAUUUAGUCCAGCUAAAACAAAAGAACAAUUUGACGAGGUCGGGUAUCUUGUAGAUUGUAUUUUAAGAGGUGAUAAAAGGGAAUACGAGGAAGAACUUAAAUUUCAAGAUUUACAUAAUAUCGCUUUGGGAAUUAGAUGGACACUGGAGAAUUGCAAUGUACCAUUAGUACCAUAUCAAAAUUAUAAAGAUUUUGUUAGUAAUGAACAAGACUGGCAAUAUGAUCCUAAAAAAGGAUCAUUCAAUCAAUUCAUAGCAUCAUUAUUCAAGUCAAAUCAACAAAUACUCUUGUCGAUAUUUGAUUUAUUCUCUCAACUAAUCAUCAUUUCACCAUCAAAUCACAACAAUAAGAUGUUUGUGACAAUGAAACUAAUCAAAUCAGUCUCAAUGUGCAUAAUGAAAGAUGAGGUAAACAACAACAACAAUAAUGCCGGCGACACUAACAACAAUGAUGUUUUACUAGGAUCAUCAUCACCACCAUUAUCACCGUUUGAAACUGCUUAUAAAAAAUGGUUAAAGACUUCAAAUAAUUUAUUACAUUUAUUUCUUGCGUAUUUAAGAGAGAUAUCUGUUUCACAAAAUGAAACAAAUCUUGAUCCAAAAUUGUCAUUUUUAUUGGAUAAUUAUGUUGAGAACAGAAAAAAAUGCUUGUUAAAUCCUAAUACCGAAUAUUAUUCUUUAGUUGACACUUCCAAUAAACAAGAUUUGGGUUCGAUAUUAGUAAAAAAAUCAUCAAAGGAAGUACUUCCAGAUAAUCACCAAGUAAAUACUGGUCUUAGUAAUUUAUUAUCUUCUAUUGCUGGUCCUUCAACUUUCAAUGCAUUAAAACGUCGUACCAGUUUAAUGGUUGGUGAGAAAUCAAUCGAACAAAAAUGGUCCGACUUGCAAAAUGAAGGAAUUGAUUUAUUAUCUGAACCAGCCCUCAAGUUGUUUUUCGUUUUUGAUGAAAGGGAUGAGUCUCCGACAUUAUCAUCAAAUUCAUCAUUAAAUUUCCAUUUGAAAAGAAAAAAUUUCAAUAACAACAGCAAUCCUAACAUUCGCCAUUCUAAUUUCAAACAAUCAUUUUUAUGGGAAGAAUUUAAAAAUAUUGGAUUCAAAGAUCCAGAUGAUAAUGUUUUAAGUAUUGGUUCAACAUUAGGCACAAGCAUAAGUGAAUCAUUAUCUGAUAAUAAUAACAAUUAUUUGAGUUACUCAUCAUCAUUUUCUAUUGCAAAUAACGGCAACAAUAACGACAAAAGAGAUUUGAAGUUUUUAUGUAUUAGAAUAAAAAGAAACAAAAGAAAUAGGCGCAGUAAGAAUAAUAGUGAUAGUAAAGAAUUUCAAGAAGCGGUAGAAGGAGAAGAUGAUUACUUGGUAAUUGAAGCAAUUGAUGAAAUAUCACCAUUUGUUUGGAUCGAAAAUUUGCAAAAUCAAAUAGAAAAAAUGAGCGAAUGGGUGAUUUUGGAAACUAAAGUUGGAAUAGAAUUUAAUGAACCGGAUUGGAUUUUAUUAAAUGAUAAACAAAAGUUUUUAACUGAACUUGAGGAACGAUCAACAAAUCGUCAUAAAUUGAAUCAGGGGGAAAAAAUAGGCAACAAUGAUGGCAACGUUGGGAGUAUUAGAAUGUCAAUAUUAAAUGGGCUUAAUUUGCCCUGGACAAAAUUAUUACUAACAAAUCGACUUAGUAAAUUUAAUUCCAGCAAUCAAAAUCUAACAAAUGAUAAUGGCAAUAACAAUAAUAAAAAAUUAUUACCAGAUAAAAAUGUUGAAAAGGAUACUGUUUAUCCACAACAUCGAACACAUUCUCCUCCUCUACAUCAUAAAUAUGGAUAUUCUAAACUCCCACAACGUAACUAUGAUAAUAUUGAGGAAGUGGGAGAUGCUGAAGCCGGUGCAAGUGUUGGUGUUGGAAUCGGAACAACAAGUACAGCUACUCCUGCAACUACUACCAAAAAUACCAAGAUUGUAACAGAAGGAGAAAAUGAGUCAAGUGGAAUAGUGGAGAUAUCAAAUGAAGACGACGAAAGCCCUAUUGAUUAUGAAUAUCAACCAUCAGCUACAGAAGCACCAAAAUCGGCAGCAACAGACUCACCUUCUCUUCCUCCUUCUUCUUCAGCAUCAUCAAUAGCAAUUGAUAAUUAUUAUUAUCAAUAUGAGGAUGAUAAUGAUCUUCAAUAUAAUGCCAUCUCUUCAUCAUCGUCAACAUCUACAACUGCAAAGAAAAUAAGACAACAAAAUUAUCAACAACCUCCAUAUGGAUAUUAUUACCCUUCCCCUCCAACAUUGCCACCACCGCAUCUUGCCAGUAGUGUUCGUAACAGUAUUCGCAGUAGUAAUAGCAGUAAAAGCGGCAGUAUUGGAAGUGGUGGAUAUGUAGCACAAAGUAGAAUGGUCCGACCUCAACUUCUCCCAAGACCAAAAAACCAUCAAACAUUUUAUAAAGGUUAUGAUCAAACGUACAUGCCUACAAAUAAUCCAACACCAAUGUCUGCAAAAAUGUUUAUUAAUCCUAUUUAG